ACACACACACACACAUGCACGCACGCACACACACAUACACACACACACACUCCCAAUGCACGCAGGCAUCUCCCUGACUUCUCACAGACUUGGCUUUUAAAUGGGCUGUUCCUGUGCUGACAGCUCAGCUAGAGAAGGCUGACUGAUCCUGUCCCGUAUUCAGAACUGAAUGGAUCUCGCAUAGACAUGGACCCAAGAGGCCGGAAAGGAAUGUAGGACUGGAUGCAGUUGUGAUAAGAUCAUUUCCCCCCCUGAUUUCCUGUGUAAACUUGGUCCGCUUUGAGAAAACCUAGAGUCUGAUGAGUGCAGCAGGGCUAACUGUCAGCUUCAAGGGUCGCCAACGGGACUUUAUGAUGGACCAGAAAGUCAGCAAGCUCACCUCUGGCUUUCAGCGCAGCUCCACGUCAGACGAUGACUCGGGCUGCGUGUUGGAGGAGUACGCCUGGGUACCACCUGGCCUUCGACCCGAACAGAUCCAGUUAUAUUUUUCCUGCCUGCCUGAGGAUAAGAUCCCUUAUGUCAACAGUCCAGGAGAGAAGUUCAGAGUCAAGCAGCUCCUCUACCAACUGCCGCCACAUGAUAAUGAGGUACGGUAUUGCCAAUCUCUCUCAGAGGAAGAGAAGAAAGAGCUACAAAUGUUCAGUGUCCAAAGAAAGAAGGAGGCAUUAGGCAGAGGCAUAGUCAAACUGUUACCCCGCAAUCUUCUGAACAGCAUUUGCGAACACUGUGGGGAAAGCAUCAGUGGAGGGGAAAUGGCAGUGUUUGCCUCAAGAGCGAGUCCAGAGCUGUGUUGGCACCCAGCAUGCUUUGCCUGCUCCACUUGUACCGAACUGCUGGUGGAUUUGAUCUACUUCUACCAUGAUGGAAAAAUCCACUGUGGAAGGCACCACGCUGAGCUACUCAAACCACGCUGCUCGGCUUGUGACGAGAUCAUUUUUGCUGAUGAGUGCACCGAGGCAGAGGGUCGCCACUGGCACAUGAAGCACUUCUCCUGUUUUGAAUGCGAGACAGUUCUGGGAGGGCAGCGGUACAUCAUGAAGGAUGGCAGACCGUACUGUUGUGGCUGCUUUGAGUCUCUCUAUGCAGAAUAUUGUGAGGCCUGCGGAGAAAACAUCAGUGUCGAUCACGCUCAGAUGACCUACGAUGGGCUCCACUGGCAUGCCACUGACAGUUGCUUCAGCUGUGCCCAGUGUAAGAGUUCUUUGAUCGGUUGUCCUUUCCUGCCAUACCAGGGUCGUAUUUACUGCUCCAAGUCCUGCACUCUUGGGGAGGAUGUGCACGCUUCUGACUCUUCGGACUCCGCCUUCCAGUCAGCGCGUUCACGAGAAUCCCGCAGCAGCGUGCGCUUGGGGAAGAGCAGCCGCUCAGCCGAUCAGUGCAGACAGUCGCUGCUCUUCUCACCAUCGGUCAACUACAAGUUCCCCGGCAUUAGCGGAAAUGCAGAGGACACCCUGACCAAGAUGAUAACCCACAGGAACUUGUCUGAUGAGCAUUUAUGGAGGGGCCACGGAGAGGAGACCGAGCCAGCUGAAGACCCAGAGGAGGAGUGGGCUGAACAUGAAGAUUACAUGACUCAGUUGAUAUUAAAGUUUGGAGAGAAUGGGAUCUUCCAGCAGGCCAGUGACUUGAGACCCACUGAUUUUUUGAUAGCUGAAAAGGAUCCCAAGUCAAAGCAGGAGUCCUCCAAAACCGGCAGUGGUGGAAGAGAUACAAGUGGAGGCUUGGUUAGUAAGAAGUACCAGACUGACAUGUACUGGACACAAUCUCAAGAUGGGCUAGGGGACUCAGCCUAUGGUAGCCAUCCGGGGCCAGCAAGCCGAAAAAUCCAGGAGCUGGAGCUGGAUCAUAUGGCAGGAGGGGGCCUCCAAGGAGAGGAACCACAAUGGUACACUGACUCUUUAGAGUGCAUCACAAAUGAAUUCAAGAAAACAAAUCAGAGUGUCCGUGGCUCCAUGGAGUCCCUUGCUCUAUCCAAUAUUACUGGGGCCUCUGUCUGUGCAGAUUUUAUAACUAGACCUCAAGUAUAUUCCUUGCAAACUCCCCAUGAAUUUGAUACAGAAGACUGUGAGAAAACCAGUAAUAUGGGAACUCUAAACUCUUCAAUGUUACAAAGAAGUACAAACUCCCUAAAGAGUCUUGAGGAGGAGGAGAAUGUUCCAGGAGAGGAAGUACCCUUGCAGGAAAGACCGAAACCUCACAUCCCUGCCCUGAGGAGGGCCCGCUCACAGUCCAGGCACCAACAAGUCAAGUUCUCCGACGACGUGGUAGACAAUGGUCAUUAUGGUGAGCUCCCAUUGCGGCAGCCUCCUAUGAGUGAACGGACUCGUCGGAGAGUGUACAACUUCGAGGAACAUGGCCAGAACCUUCAAUCUGGUCACCACAAUCAUCAUCACAGGAGGCGCAGAAGUCGCAAAUCUCGCUCUGACAAUGCUCUCAACCUUCUGCCCAAAGAGAGAGCAAAGGUGUGCUACAAAGUAGACCAAAGAGGCAGUGCCAUGGGACCAAAGGGGCAUCAAGUCUUCCAUGGUCACCCCAAUGCAGCUGCCUUGACGGACCACAGACUACACGGCCCAGCAAACGGGAGGUUCUUGGGACUUUAUGGUGAUGACGAUGACUGGUGUUCUACGUGUUCAUCCUCCUCCUCCGAUUCAGAGGAAGAGGGUUUCUUUUUGGGUAAGCCCAUACCCCAGCCCAGGCCACACAGACAUUACUACACUGAGAACUUGGCCCAUUCUGUAGCCAGCAUGUCCUCUCCUCCUUAUGACCAAUGGACUAAGUCCAAAAAGAAAAAAGGCCACAAAGGGAAAAACUGUAUAAUCUCAUAGGCUUUACUUGGCUUUAAUGUCAUGCUGCCACUCACAGCUUGUCUACUUUUAACACCUCACAUCACUCAGUUAAUCAAAAUGGUUGUUUGACAUAAAACUUAUUAGUGUGUGGAAUGGCAAACGGGAUCAUUUCAGAAUAAAACAUUUAUGAAACAUGUUUAUUUAACAGUGCCAAUAAGAUGUAUUAACUGUAGAGUGGGGGAAGAAAAAUAUGACAACUUUGGUAACUUUGACGUGCCUUGUUUGUACCACAAAAGCAUUUAUAUUUAACUAUAGGCAGUUUAUAGUCAUUUAAUAUGGGUAAUAUAAAUUAGAGAACACAUUUUCUGUGUCCAAGCUCAGCAAAUGUGUUGCUUCCAGACUUGUGUGGCUUAUAUAAAAGCACUGUAUGUAUUACAUUGCUUGGUUGAGCAGUGUAUUAUUGGGUCAUUUAUUAUAAGCAAAUGUAGUCUGUAUAAAUGUACAAACUGGAAAGUAAGGCCAUAAUAGGUGACUGUAAUAAAACUAUCUGCAUGUUUUUUUUGUUGCAGACAUAAUAAAUGAUGCAUUGUAAAAAAAAUCUA